CAUUCCGGUUGUUAUCAUUUAUAACCAGUAUUCAAAAUUAUUUCAACAGCAUAGUUAAAAUUGAUCGAAUUAUUUUCAAACUCUCCUCUAUACGCUUCUAAUAAUGACUGAUCGAUUCCAUACUUCCGCAAUCGGUAAAUUGUCGUCGAAAAGCAGCCGAGUAAAAGUCAGUUUACUAAGGCAGUUCAAUUACUCAAGUGAUGCUAUAUCAUGUCGAUGUAUUUUUGAUACUAUCAACCGGUAUCGCAAGAUUUUUGAACAAUAUAAAAUUUAUUGUUUUUCGGUUUUUAGUAUCUGUUCUCUCGAAAUUAAAAAUAAAUUUAGAAUAAAAGCGGGCUUGAUCCUUAGUUUCAUCACUCUUUCUUGUGGUCUAGAUAGGAACGAUGAUUGCAAAGGCACGUGGGACAGUUUUUCUUCUGUUACUUGUCACAUUAUGCUAUAAUGUGAGAGGCCAAUGCGAAGGUGAGGACAAAUCUGAAACAGGCAAUGCAAAAAAUGACACAUUAACAGCAAUACUUGAAGUACCAGAUGAAGAAGAGUCAAACGAGUUCAAAAAACAGAGAUUUGUACCCCGAUGUGGCGAUGAUUUUCUGAAGCAUGUACUGGUUGGUAGGUGGGUGCACAAUUCUGCCUUUUUGAGAGGCGGUAAAAAGAAAAAGAAGGCUUUUAUGAUCGAUAUAAGUAAGAAAAAGCGACAGUUGGAUAAGGACAUGAAGUCGGUCUGGCGUUUGCGAGGUAUUCCUGAAGAUCCAUGGAAAUCAACAACGAAUUGUGGAUAUUACAGGCUCAGAGAAAGUAACGUUAGACGACCGCCUAUUGGAACAUGGUGUGACCCGAAAGGACCAAGACCUUGCUGCAAUAAUAAGCUUCUAGGAUAUUGUGUGUCGGCUCAAGCUGGAUCAUGUUCUUGUACAAAUUGUGCGGAUGUUCGAAAACUACAACAUGCUGAACUGAUGACAUGGUUACCGUACAGCUAUAUGUGCAAGUGGAAACAAUUUACCGCUCCGGAGGCGUGUGAUGUAAUCGAGCAUUCACCGGUGAAAAAGCUAUACAUCGUCGGAGACUCGUACAUGCAAAGCAUGUACAUUGGCCUGCUUAUGAUCUUAACGGGAAAACCAAUAACUGGUUUCUGGAAGAAGGGUGUCAUUUCCACCGAGCAGUAUGUAAAAUGCGCUAAUUAUGGACUGAAUUACUUUAAAGAUUGCAGGGCAAUGAUUGAAACUAUGGAUGACAUGAAGUAUCGCGAUUCCCUCUGUGGCGAUGGGAGAAAUGUUACCUUCAAGGCCGAAUUCAGGAAAUAUUACCAUUCAAGAUUCGGUCCUCAAUUUCGUAAACUUAUUAAACGUCUUGCGGGUAAACGUGGAACGUACGUGGUGGUAGGAAUUGGAUUUCACAUUCGAAUGGAAAUUGAUCUCGCUAUCCGACACUUCAUGGCCCCCGCAAUUCGGGAAGUCAGUCUACAUUACAAACAUAAACAACAUAUACCACAAAGCAGAAGGUGGCCUCGCUUUUUAUUUUCUCUUCCCAUGGACUACGGUCUUUUGAAGCCGACCCGACACCUUAAAGAACAAUACCACACAAAACAGACUAAGUUUGAGAGAGGAAUGCGUAGUUAUUGCAGGCGAAAUUCAAUUAGAGUUCUAGAUUUCACACCUUUGACUAAAAAUGUACAUACUUUCGAUGGGGUUCAUUACGGCAUCGGAGUGAACAACAUGAAAAACCAAAUUUUCCUCAAUUAUUUAGCAACACUAAAACAGUACAAAUAAUAAUAGAGUUACUGUAUGAUAGUGAUCAGUAGCAAUGUACUGGUAAUAUAUAUAAUUUCUAAGUUACUGAAUAUGCAUCAAAUAUUGAUGUGGUGACAUGAUCCCCAUUUUAUUUACGAGUAAUAUAAUAUGAUGACUUCAAUUAGUCAAUAUUAUUACAAAAUGUAUUUUGGUAUUUUUUUGUGUAUUUAUCCGUCGAUUUCAUCAGUGUUUUGUGAUCGCACACUGUUAAAUAUAUAUGAACUAUUUAAGAUUCAGCAAGUUGUUCUGC